CGAUCAAUAUAAUAUAUGGGCGUAUAUGGUAUCUGAUAACAAUGAGGCAGACUACUGGCAAGACAAUCAACAAAUUAAUCUGGUACCUUGUAUCGAGCGUUGAUUCUGAUUUUCUCCACAUGCGGCUUUAUGUAGUAAUAACAACAUGUACAUUACGACAUAUGAAACCAAUACCAGUCAGCGGUGACACUGCAUUGGGCGUCAUUAUGCUGACGGAGAUACUAGCCACACCCAAAAGGUGAAGGCAACAGGCAACACGACUACUGGACUGCAGUUCAUGUCGGUGAUGAAGGUGUGGCAUGUGAAUCGCAAGACUAAAUUGGAGAAAAUUGAAUCUAAUCUAAAGGAAAAACAUAUCGACUAGCGCCAUGGAGCAUUAAUUGUAACGAGGAUUAUCUUAGUUUUAAGCUUGAUAUGACAUUAAAGACGGAGGAAGGCGCAGAAUAUAGUUAAACUGAAUAAUGCAGCUUUUCGAAGGACAGAUCUUCAAAUCUAAGAGAGGCGCCACCUGAAAUAUCGGCUUCAAUUAAUAAAAAUGGACGACACAGACUCUAAAACUGGAUGUGAAUCUAUAAAAAAGCAUGAUGUCGUAGUUGCAGAUUCCGUAAAGUUUAACGAUGAGAAUAUUCGCAGGACAAGUAAUAGCGGCGUCGCUGCUGUCGCUGAAAACAAUCCCAAUGCGGAAGUGACGUUGAGGUCAGCGAGUAACCCGGAUGAAAGACCGCUCAGUGGACUACAGGCCCAUCCCGAAUGGGGUCACAUGAGAGUGGGUACAGGUGGCACACAUUUAGAACAUAGACAUUCUCAACGUAGCAAAAAGGGAGACAAAACAGACAAAAAAGCUCAACGUAAAAAUAAACGUGUGAUUUCACCUGUCCUAAUGUCCGUGCCUAUUGGGCUUGGAAUAUCAAUUACAAUUACGGGCUUAAUCAUACUUAUAAUACAAUUAAACAGUACUGGAUUUAUAUUGGGAAUGGUGCUGCUUGGGAUAGGCGUAUUGCUUAUUGUAGUCGCUGGAAUAGCAUGUAUUGUAUUCUACAGAAGAGCACAACAGUUUCCACUCGUGCAUUACCAGACGAAUCGGACCCCCAUGACAAGCGUCACCACGAUAGACUACCAGAACCAGGUUCAGGAGCAACAACCAGUGGUACCCGCAAGACCAGAGACACAAUAUUUCACAAAUCCAGACAGUGGACCUCAAAUCAACUACAGUUUUAGCUCAUCUCCCCCAGAGGCAAACAUUUCAAAUCGUCCAUUACGACAAUCAGCUAGCCAACCGUGUCCAUCCACCGGAAAUGGCAACGACGCGCAUGCGCAAGUAAACAUCACAGUAUCUGAAGGAGCACCUCCUCAAUAUGCUGACGUCAUUGAUAAGACUGUUGAGCAAAAGGAUAUGUCAAAGGAAUACUUUUAGGAGUAUAGGCGUAUUUCCUUUUGCAUUGAGUAUGAGAAGUAUGGUUAAUAAAUGCAUUAAAUGGGGCAGCAUACCCUAUAUAUUUACAUGCAUGCAUAACCAUCCUCUGUACACAGGGCUUCAAAAUCCAGAAUCUAACAGGGUAAUUAAAAGAUGUGGAUUUUAAACAAAGAUAAUUUGAUUAUUGAAAGGGAUUGAAUAUAUGUAUUUUAAUUAUGCCUAACGACAAUAUGAUAAAAUGCAUUAAGUCAUUAAUUUUUUAGUCCAAAAAAGGUCAUAGACUUUGUUAAAUAGCAAAAUAAAAAUUACCAAAUAUGGGACUGGGUAACCGGGUUUGAAUACGGGAUUGGAUAGGGGUUUGGACAAAAAUGGGAUUUUGAUUUUAUUUGAUGGUAUAGUGUAUAUCCCAGACAAGAUGGUAUCGUAAUUACUCAGUUACAUGACAUCGUUAAAAAUGUACAUAUAUGUUUGAACAAUGAACAUAGAUCAUGAAACACAGUUGAAGAUAAUAAUUUUGCAGUUCUUUUUUCAUACGAAAUUUGCACUGACGAUUCACGGUAUCAUGUAAAUCAUGUACAGAUGGUCAUUGAAAUAAAUGACGUCAUUGGUGCAAUAUGCGAAGGUGAUCGGGAUGCGGUAGACUGAUCACUAAAUGCCCUUGUCUUGAAUAACUUGCUCAAAGUGGUCACACUCAGUCUCAGUCACAACAUACUUGUACAUGAGCCCUCUUUGCAGGUUAGAAUGUAUGUAUGUACACAAUUUCAGAAUCUCCUACAAAGAAAAUAGAACUGACAGAUUGUGAAGAUUCACCGUUCGUUUUAGCAGACCCAGUCUGUUCAGUAUAGGAUGAUAACAAUAAAACUGCGUAGGAAUAAAAUUCCUUUAUAGAUAAUACAAAUAACCGGAAGUGCCUCAAUUUGGAAAUGAUAAUUCAUGUACAUUUGUUGGAGUAUGUAUAUUUGCAUGGAAGGUGUAUGUUUUGUAAGUUUUUAUAUUUGUAGAAGUAAACAGCAUUAUUUUUGUGCAUACAGAUUGAUAAACUGUACAUCGUGUCGUGUCGUAUUACAAAGUCACGAUGAUGCUUAGUAAGUAUCAGUUCAGAUAUUAUAUUGCAAUCGGUGUACAAUAUCUAAUAUUACUGAAUCGUGAGCAUGUGGGUUGAUUUUGCACGUCAAGAUAUGGCAUUUAUUCAAUCUAUAAAAUCGUAAAAACGACUUUAAAAUAGUAUGUAAGAUAGUUUCGUACUUACAAAAAAAGUUUAGGGAAUUUGCGAAUUGACAUUUUAGUACCAU